CUGGUCCGAGGGCAGCCCGAAUAUGUCCCUGGGUGUGGGUAUGGGUGUGGGGCAAUUUGGGUGGGAGCAGCGUGGAGGCUCCCAGGACCAAGUCCUGCGCCUCUUUGGCGGGGUGUGUGCAGGAGGAGCGGGGAUAAAUAGGAGGCUCCCUCCUCCCGACGACAUUCACGGAGCCGGCCGGCCGCCCGCCCUGGGUGUUUCCCUGCCCUGUAGCCAGGGUGCCAGCCUGGGAAGUAGUUUCGUUUCCUUCUGGCUCCGGGAUUAGUUUCCAGGCACCCUCUCAGGCGCCCGAGGCCCGGGAAGGGGGCGAAGAAGGAGGGAGACUUGUCUAGGGACUGCCCGGCCCCGCAGAGCGGGUUUGAUGGACCGGGCCGCCCCGGGCAGCGGCGCCAGCUCCCUGCCACUGCUCCUGGCCCUUGCCCUGGGUCUAGUGAUCCUCCACUGUGUGGUGGCAGAUGGGAAUUCCACCAGAAGUCCUGAAACUAAUGGCCUUCUCUGUGGAGACCCUGAUGAAAACUGUGCAGCUACCACCACACAAUCAAAGCAGAAAGGCCACUUCUCUAGGUGCCCCAAGCAAUACAAACAUUACUGCAUCAAAGGGAGAUGCCGCUUCGUGGUGACCGAGCAGACGCCCUCCUGUGUCUGUGAUGAAGGCUACAUUGGAGCAAGGUGUGAGAGAGUUGACUUGUUUUACCUAAAAGGAGACAGAGGACAGAUUCUGGUGAUUUGUUUGAUAGCAGUUAUGGUAGUUUUUAUUAUUUUGGUCAUCGGCGUCUGCACAUGCUGUCAUCCUCUUCGGAAACGUCGUAAAAGAAAGAAGAAAGAAGAAGAAAUGCAAACUCUGGGUAAAGAUAUAACUCCUAUCAAUGAAGAUAUUGAAGAGACAAAUAUUUCUUAAUAGGCUAUGAAGUUACCUUCAGGCUGGUGGCAAGCUGCAAAAUGCCUUGCUCAUUUGAAAAUGGACAGAAUGUGUCUCAGGAAAACAGCUAGUAGACAUGAAUUUUAAAUAAUGUAUUUACUUUUUAUUUGAAACUUUAGUUUGUGUUAUUUUUUUAAUACCAAGAACGUUAAUUAUAUGAUUAUUGUCUAGUAAUUCGAAAAACAGCAACUGGUUAUAUAGCAACAACAGAAGGGAAAUUUCAAUAAACUUUCAUUUAAGUAUUGUCACCAGGAUUACUAGUCAAACAAAAAAGAAAAGUAGAAAGGAGGUUAGGUCUUAGGAAUUGAAUUAAUAAUAAAGCUACCAUUUAUCAAGCAUUUACCAUGUGCUAAUAAGUUUGAAAUAUAUUAUUUCAUUUAAUCCUUUCAGCAAUCCAUGAGAUAGAUAUUAUAAUCCUC